AUGCCCCCACCAUCCUACCCCCACCGCCACUUGCUCUUGUCCAAUGUCCUCGACGCCCAGGCAACCCAGCCCAUAGCGGACCACUUUGCCGUCGCCGACGAGGCCAAUGAGCGAGGGUGCAAGCUUGAUGCGCUCCUCCUUGCAGGCUGGGCUGCCAGUGGAUUAAAGGGGAGGCAGGCAGACAGAGACGCUCUCCAGCACGUUGACAACCUUCGCAUCAAGAAGAGCGACUAUGACGUCCUUGGUCGUAUUGGCGAGGGCCAGUUUGGUGUCGUCGAUGCUGUGCGGUGCAAGCUUGACGGGCGGGUCUACGCCAUGAAGACGAUCGAGAAGAGCAUGGUGCUCCGAGCUGGAGGACAACUGGGCCUCGGGAACGAGCGCCAUGUCCACAUGCUCGCCACGUCGAUGAAAACGGCCGUACCGGCCCCCCGGCUAGCCGUCACCUUCCAGACACCACACGCCCUGCACAUGGUCACUUCCUACGCCCCAUGUGGUAGCCUGUGGGACCGCCUAUGCGAGAUGCUGCCCGCACCGGGGUUGGAUACUGGCCGUAUGGAGGAGAAGGAGGUCGCAUGGUGGGCCAAGCAGAUGGUCGCGUCCAUCGCUUGGCUUCACGGUUUGGGCUACGCGCAUCGUGAUAUCAAGCCUCACAACUUUCUACUCCUCGCCGAUGGUCGGCUGUGGUUGACCGACUUUGGCUCAUCGGCGCCCCUCACCAACGGAUCCGUCCCCAAGCGGCUGUGCCUACUGCCUGCCGGAACCCCAGACUAUGUGGCCCCCGAGGUGCUCAGGCUAGCCGAGGACGCCAUGAUCGAGGCGGCUCACAGUCUCGAUGACGAGAGCGAGGCCGACCGCACCCUCCGCCCAUCGGAUAUCGACCCACCCGGGUACGGCAGAGACGUUGACUGGUGGUCGCUCGGCGCGACCCUCUACGAGAUGAGUGUGGGCCGAGCACCCUUCUUCUCGCCAUCCAUCGGGGGCACGUACGAGCGGAUCAUGCAGUGCGACGUGCGCUGGCCCGGCCAUGUCUCCCAGCAGCUCAAGAGCCUUCUCAGUGGUCUGCUGAGCACGGCAGAGAUCCGCCUCGGCCACUCGGACGUAGGCGAGAUCCGCCGCCACCCCUUCUUCAACGGGGUUGACUGGACAAAACAGGGCGUUCCACCUCCAGGUGUGGCGCCUCAGCCGAUCGACCUUACCACCUUGACCGACUCAUUCGAGCAUGGAUUCAGUGACAUGGACGACGUGACGUUUGACCACUUCUUCAACUCGUCACCAGGCCUCACGACGACUAUGAGCCACUCGGUGUCCGUCGCAGUCCCCUCGGCGCCCGUCGCUUGGGCUCGAUGGGUUGGCUGGUCGUGGGACCCACCGACCGACUUCUUCGGUUCAGAGCCACCGCCCACGGUUUCACCACCAACAAAGCUCGCCCUCCUGGCCCCGGCUGCGACCACGAACAUGAUGCACACCCCUCUUCGUGGCGCUGCGAAUGCUGGUACACCGCCAACUGUGCCAAGAACUGCGCCUCGCUCUGUACCUCGAACCCGCCCGGUGUCCGAGAGACAGGCGUUCGCCGAGCUCGUCAAAUGCGUUCAGGCCAGUGCACGAAAGAAGCUGGCGUCUUCAGCCAUCAAGAUUCCAGGUUCAGCCUCAUCAGUCAACUCGUCGAGUAUGUCACCACCAAUCUGGCGCAAGGAGCAGCCUCCUACCCCAACCCCGAUGUCUCGGGACGUUACAGCGCUCACUGCCACGAUGCGGACGUUCCGUCCGCUAUCCCGCACGUCCUCUCGCGGCUCAGAGGGCUCGCAGUUACCUUCGUCGCGCAGCGGGUCGCUCCGACUGAGGGACGAAGCGGCCCUCUCCAAGCUGCUUGCCGCCGAACAAGACGAGUCAACCGUUGUGCGCACGCGGGCCGGUGUCCGCGGGCUGUCACGUAUAGGGGACGAUACGGUGCUCGCCAAGCUUUUAGCGGCGGACAGAGACAAGCCAGAGAACCGGCCCCCGCCACCUCCUCGCCCCCUCUCGCGUGCGUCCUCCAUCCGCAGCCAGUCGAGCCGAGAGUCCCUCCGCCCCCUCACACCGCUAAGUGAGAUGCCCCCGCUUGGUGAGAGGCCAGUGAACACUGUCAGCUCGGGCACAUCGAGCAGCCGCAGCAGCAAGGACACGCCGAGCAAGUCACUGCCUGGUAAGAAGUUGCCACCUUCCGACAAGCAUGUCCCCCUGGCCGACAAGUAUGUCCCGCCGCGUGACCCUGGCGUGGUUGGCGGCGACAGGAUCGCGUCGCUUGGGCAGUGGCAUCACUCGCUGGAAGACGGUCUCUCGAAUCUCGAACGACGACUGGCCAGCAUUCGGGCCCGCCUCGAAGCUUCUUCCUAAGCCUCCCCCAGAUCUGUAUAAUAACACAAAGCCAGCA